AUGAGAGCUAACGUGUACAUCAUUCUUCUGGAGAUGAACCGGUGGUUGCUGUUCGUUCUCUGCGUGAUUCCUACCGAUGAACAGCGUCUGAUAGACAAGGUACUAGCCGGCUACAACUCCGCCUCCAGGCCAGUGUACAAUGCCUCGCACCAGGUCACUGUCAAGUUUGGAAUAACGCUUGCUCAAAUCCAGGAUAUGGAUGAAGUCAAUCAAGUCCUUACCAUCAACGUCUGGCUUGAGCAGGAAUGGGUGGAUGAACGCCUUCGCUGGGAUCCUGCUGAAUUCAAUGGAUUAAAGAUUCUACGCAUGCCCUGUGAAAAGCUAUGGUUACCCGACAUUGUGCUUUACAAUAAUGCAGAUGAUUUUACUGCGGGAUAUAUGCAGGCUAAAGCGAUGGUUCAACACGACGGCAACGUGUUCUGGGCGCCACCUGCAAAAUUCAGAAGCUCAUGCAAGAUUGAUAUCACUUACUUUCCGUUCGAUGACCAGAUUUGCAGAAUGAAAUUCGGUUCUUGGACAUAUGACGGCUUCCAGGUGGACAUGGUGAAUCGCUCUGCACAGGUUGACCUUUCUAAUUACGUAUACAGUGGCGAAUGGGAACUGAUUGACAUACGAGUAGUCCGGAAUAGUGUGACGUACGCAUGUUGUGAAGAGUUCUUUCCCGACGUAACAUUCACCAUAAUCAUGCGGCGAAGGACUUUGUACUAUCUUUUUAACAUAAUCUUCCCUUGUCUGUGGCUUACGAUUCUCAGCCUGCUGGGAUUUUGGUUGCCGCCUGAUAGUGGAGAGAAGAUAACGCUCGGAAUAACGGUGCUUUUAGCCUUCUCCGUAUUUAUGCUUUUGAUUGCAGAAAAUAUGCCAGCUACAUCUGAAUUCGUACCACUUAUAGGCAUAUACCUUACGGUGACCAUGGGAAUGACUUCUCUCUCCAUCAUUUUGACGGUGUUUGUUCUGCAGUUGCACUACGUUGGUCCGCACCAGAAAGGUGUCCCACACUGGCUCCAGUUUGUCUCGUACGAACUACUCGCUCGGCUGGUGUGUAUGCGUCCGCGGCACAACCCAUUCAUGUCGGGUUUUCGGUCAAAUAGCGCAGUGAUAAACAGAUUUCCAAACGACGAACACACAUCGCAAAUAAGAACAGCGACAUUGUUACCGCAACAAGUACUUCUCAAUCAAUUUGAUAAUAACCACAGUGUCAAUUUGAAUUUAUUGGAACCAAACCCGGAUGAAACUCAAGACAGAAUUACAGUCUCUUUGAAGCAAUUAGUGGAGAAACAAGACCUGGAAGAGCGACAUCAAGACAUAGUCAAUGAAUGGCGAUUCGUGGCAAUGAUAAUGGACAGAGUUUUGUUUUGGUUAUUUCUGCUUGCUGCCAUACUAUCGUCUAUUAUAAUUCUAAUAAUUAUGCCUUUGAGAAAACCACCUGUCGCGUAGUCGUCUUACAAACGGGUAGCCAUCUUAACUUGCUGGAUUUUCUUUCCGAGUAUUUCUAACAAAAGCAAACACUAGAUAAAACAUUCUCUGUUGAUUGAGAGUUUAUUUUCAUUCACUCGAUUUCAUGUAUCAUCAACUUCGCUUCGCUCUGAAUAGUUGCAUAUAA